AUGGGGUUUUUGUUGAAAGAAGGUUUGAAGAGUCUUUGUGGUAGGAAUCAAUGGUGUUAUGCUGUUUUUUGGAAGAUCGGUUGCAAUAAUUCCAAGCUGUUAAUCUGGGAAGAUUGCUACUAUGAACCAUUGCCAUCUCGUUACCUUCCACAAGUCGCUGGAACGUCGAACUUGCCGUACCGAGAUAGGGAAGGAUGUUGGUUUUCUUCGGAUUCUCAGCUAAGGAUUCAAGAGGAUGACAGAGUUUGUUCAUUGAUUAACAAAAUGAUGGUGAAUAAUUCGGUUAAUGUUGCCGGUCAAGGGAUACUCGGACGGGCGGCGUUCACAGGAAAUCAUCAGUGGAUUGUUUUGAACAAUUUCAUCAAAGACGCGUAUCCACCAGAGGUAUUAACCGAAUUGCAUUGCCAAUUUUCAGCCGGAAUGCAGACAGUGGCGGUUAUUCCCGUGCUUCCCCAUGGUGUUGUUCAACUCGGUUCUUUCUUGCCGAUAAUGGAGAAUAUCCCAUUUGUGAAUGAUGUGAAGAACUUGAUCUUUCAAUUGGGACAUGUUCCUGUUACUACCUCAAACUGCACUCCCUCGGUAGCUAACGGUUCUAACCAACCGAGUAAUUCACCGCAUGUUCCAAUGCAUGUCGCUGCUCAACCACUUUCUUUUCAAACGGGAGAAAUAAAUAGUUAUCACAACAACGCUUCUGUAUUGACACCUCAGUCCCAAAAUCUAAACCAGAUAUUUGAAAGCUUUUGCCAACCAAAGGCUCAACGAGAGAAUGCAACCGUGAAGGCUGAAGCUGAAGUGAUAUCUACAAAUCUCGAUUCUUCAUGUCUGCAACAACGUUCUUUUUCAUAUAAUGCAAGGUCCACACUCAAUAUGGAACAAGUCUUAUCAGGUAUCGGGACGCAAAGUCAUGGUAACGCUAAUAUGGAUCCAUCGUCAAGUGCCGUAAAUAUGUCUCGACGGCAAACCGAUGGAGGCCAAAUUUAUUAUCAGAAUUCUAACAACACUUCACUUCUCGGAGGAAUCCCAAUAUGUAGUAGUGCAAUGAGUAAUAAUAAUCUUCUAAGGAAAAAUAUGAUUAAUUGCUCGGUUUCAAAUCCUUUGAAGUUAUCAACUACUGAUUUUUCCGGAACACAAAAAGUAGGGUUUGGAAUCCAAAAUGAUAAUUCAACUACAUCAGCCAAUCAGAAGAUUCUCCCCAUUGAUUCAAAGUAUGCUCAAAAUGCUUCGGCUUCCACCGAUGAAAGGAUCGAUGACUUGCUUCAGGCUCUGAAGAUCCCAUCAUCUCUUCAUCAUAAGGAGCACGUGCCAAUGAAGGAGCACGUGCCAAUGAAUGAUCCUAUCCCUGGUUUUCUUCAUGAUUUGGAACUUGAAGAAGUGUGUACGCAACUUUCAUCUGGCGAUGACGACUUGUUUGAUGUCUUGGGCGUGGAUUUCAAAAGGAAUCUGCUGAACGGAAACUGGAAUACAUUGUUUGCCGAUGAAUCUGACGCCAAUGCAGAAAAUCUUGAUAAAAAGGCGACGUCUACUAAUUUUCCAGUUGUAGGUCAUGAUAAUAUUUAUCCGGUAAAUGAAGCAAUAUUAGGCAAUGGCAUCUUCUCUGGAACAAGCACUGGCCAUCUCUUAGAUGCCGUUAUCUCAAAAACUCAACCUGCUUCAAAUGAGAAUUCCGACGAAAUGUCUUGCAGGACUACAAUAACAAGGAUUAGUACCGCAUCCGUUCCUUCUACUGGCAUUCAGAUUAUUCGCGACCGUGUUGGCCAGGGGGCGCUGUUUGAUUUUCCCAAAGCGGAGAUUAAAACUAGCGCAGUGGAAACAAGUUCUCUUAGGUCUGGUUGCAGCAAAGAUAAUGUUGGAAACUGUUCUCAAACCACUUCCAUAUACGGUUCUCAACUUAGUUCAUGGGUGGAAAACGGUAGCAGCAGCCAUGUGAAACGUGAAGAUAGUGUUUCAACCGGAUACUCCAAGAGACCAGAUGAAGUUAGCAAACCAAAUCGUAAAAGGCUUAAACCUGGAGAGAACCCUAGGCCUCGACCUAAAGAUCGUCAAAUGAUUCAAGAUCGCGUGAAAGAGUUACGCGAAAUUGUGCCCAAUGGAGCAAAAUGUAGCAUAGAUGCUCUUCUUGAAAGGACCAUCAAACAUAUGCUUUUCUUGCAAAGUGUAACAAAGCACGCCGAUAAGCUGAAACAGAUGGGAGAAUCCAAGAUUCUUAGUAAAGAAGGUGGAUUGUUAUUAAAAGAUAACUUCGAGGGAGGGGCUACAUGGGCGUAUGAGGUUGGUUCACAAUCAAUGGUUUGUCCUAUCAUAGUUGAGGAUCUUAAUCAUCCCCGUCAGAUGCUUGUCGAGAUGCUUUGUGAGGAACAAGGUCUCUUUCUUGAAAUAGCCGAUUUAAUCAAAGGAUUAGGAUUAACUAUCCUAAAGGGCGUCAUGGAAGCUCGCAAUGACAAGAUUUGGGCACGCUUUUCUGUCGAGGCAAACAGGGAUGUAACAAGGAUGGAAAUAUUCAUGUCACUAGUUCGACUUUUGGAACAAACAGCAAAAGGAGGCGCAUCUUCAUCAAAUGCUGCCGUUGAUAACAACAUGAUGGUUUAUCAUUCGAUCCCGCAAUCCACCUAG